GUAAUUUCAACAGUCUGGUCCAGACUGAAAUAUGUCAACAGCUACUGGAUGAAUUGUAAUAAAAUUAUGAUAUAUUCAUGGUUCCAGCAGAAUCUUUGUUUUUUUUUUUUUUGUUUGUUUUUUUUUUGGUUUAGUGCUAAAAAAUGUUAGUUUACUCCCACACUACACAAAAGUAAUGAACAAUAUAAACAUUAAUCCUGCUAAACAUCAUCAAUAGCAUUAUCACUGUGAGCAUGUUAGCAUGCAGACAUUAGCAUUUAGCUCAGACCACUGCUAUGCACAGUCUCACAGAGCUGCUAGUAUACUCUAUAGUAGACUCUUGGUCUUGUUUAAGCCUCGCUGUCACCUAGAGAAAAUAGCACCAGUCAUUUUCAGUUUAUAUUCUUAUUCAUAUGUUGACCAGAGGCCCAUCUCCUGUGUAGGUCUGCCUUUAUUCUCUGGCUCCACCUACUCACGUUUAGCUUUAACCACAGAGACUAUUUGUACCAUGACAGCAGCCCUGUCUCUGAAAAAGGUGUUUCAAUGAAAAAAAAAAAACUUGUGCGAACAGCAGAAGUAAGCUACACAGGAAGGUAUCACUUCUCACAGACUUCACACGUCAGCCUGAUGUUCAGCCAGACAACAGCAAGACAACAUGGAGGUCACAGCUCUCUGCUUCAGACUGUUGAUGACGGUGAUGAUCCUGUGUGAGCAUGGUCAGAGAGUUGAUGCAGCUUCUCUUCGUAUUGAUCCAAACAGAUUACAGUUCUUUGAAUAUGAGACUGUAACUUUUUACUGUGAAGGGUUCUAUGGUGAAGUUAGACGUACGACCAGAGGGAAAAUACCCUCAUGUACAAACAGUGAGACACAGACAGCAUCGUCCUGCACCAUUAAGAAUGUUUAUCCAGAGGACAGUGGAGAGUACUGGUGCAAGACUGGAGCUGGAGAAAGAAGCAACAAUGUCACCAUCACUGUCACUAAUGGUUCUGUGAUCCUGGAGAGUCCUGCUCUGCCUGUGAUGGAGGGAGAAUCUGUGACUCUGAGCUGCAGAAACAAGACGACCUCCAACCUCACAGCUACUUUCUAUAAAGAUGGAGUCGUCAUGGGGAACAGCUCUACAGGAAUUAUGACCAUCCACAGUGUGUCCAGGUCUGAUGAAGGACUGUACAAGUGUAACAUCUCUGGAUCUGGAGAAUCAGCAGAGAGCUGGCUGACUGUCAGAGACGCUACAAAGGAUGACAAAGAGACUCGUACUUCCUCCUCCGAGGCCACACCGUGGAUCGUUGUCACUGUCUUACUGGUGGUUUUGCUGUUCCUCGUGGGACUACACCACUUCGGCAAAAAUUACUGGGACAGAGUGUUGCCCUGCCUGUCCACUCUGAUAUCUACAACAGGCUCGGCUGAGGAUCGAACAGGGGCCGGUGCAGCUGAUGCAGACAGAGAGACAAACGCUGCUGUAACAGAAAACAGGAGGAGGACAGAUGAGAAUGAACUGUCAUCUACACCCAUUUACUACACCCUGGGCGAUGAUGACACUCAACUCGGAGCCAGUGCAGCUGACGCAGACAAAGGAACAUAUGCUGCUGUAACAAAAAAGAGGAAAAAGAAAGAUGGGAAUGAAAUGUCAUCUAAAGCCAUUUACUACUCCCUGGGCCAUGAUGACAAUCAGCAACUUGCCAGUGCAGCUGAUGCAGACAAAGCAUACGCUGCUGUAACAAAGAAGAGGAAGCAGAAAGAACCAAAAGUGUCCAACACCACAGCUUCAUCUGUUUCCUCAGCAGGUAUCAACCCAUCGUCAACAGAAGAUGCCUUCUACUCUACAAUCAGUUAGCUCUACUUCAUGUCCUGUGUGUCACGGAGGGAGCUGACUGAGGGAGGAGCUUUGAAAGACUGUUUCACUCAGUGUACAUAAAUUAACAACACCGUGAUGUGAGUGCAACAAGGAAGCGACACAGUUGUUCAGAUGUUCAGUGUUGUUGUAAAUGAACAUGCUAUUUUAGCCUCAUGUGUUUACUGUGUCAGUCUGUAUCUGUACCAAUAAUGUAAAAACAAUAACAGAAGAAUAAUUUUA